AUGGCUGAAGUUGCAUGGCCGCCAAAAGACAUAACAACGCCCACGGUGUCUGCAGAGAAUGGUGUUCUCUCUGUAACCGGCUCGGGGAAAAUCAAUGCACCAGCGUCGUUCGUGUUCGACAUUUUGCUCGAUACCUCAACCUAUCCGAAAUGGUGCACACUUGUCCCCAGAGUCAGCAUUACAGAACAGCCUGCGUCUGCGACUCGACCUGCCAAUACUGAAUCGGGCGACGCGUCUCCAAUCAUCCAGCGGGGCACAAAGCUCACCUUGCAUGCUGUAAUGGGCAGUCCAGGCUCGAAAGAAUCGCCUUCGCACAUGAUCGUUAGCGAUCUGUCAACCCCAUCAAUGCCGUCUUCAUACAUCUCGCCUGCGACCCUUGGCGCUUCCCCAGUGUACACCGCAGAUCUCUCACAAGUGUAUCGCGUUGCCUGGAAGGGCGAUAAGAUAGACUUCAUUGGCAAAAACAUGAAUGUCGAGCGUUUCAACGAGGUAAUCAUCAAAGGAGAAGAACAGUGUGAGAUACAUUCGUGGGAGGUCAUGGGCGGUGUGUUGGCGUAUCCAGUCAAGUGGCUGUACCAGAAAACGCUCAUCAAAAAGUUCGAUGAGUGGUGCACAGGAUUAAAGGCGCAUGCAGAGAAGCAAUGGGAAGAGAGACAACGACAGGAGGGUGGAGUCCGUGCAAGCGAGCCCUGA